AUGCGUGUCAGCGGAUUUCUCGUAUUAAUUGCCUGUAUCGUCGCUUGGGCGUUCGCAUCUCCGGUAAGCGAUACGGAAGCAGCGUACAGGAUAUUGAAUAAGUAUCUGGAACGAUUUGGGGGCGACGAUCUGCAGGAUGUCUACCUAGUUGGAGAUCAUGGGUCAUACAAGCGUGGUUUGGGUCCACGACCGCUUCGAUUUGGUUAG